UAAGGUAGAGGGAUAAUGUACUCGGUUUCUGUUUUUCUUAUUUUCGUAUUUUUUUUUUGUUGAACGUAAGCUAUAAACUCGUCUCAUCUUAAAAUCGAAAAUUUUCGCUGCAUAAAUUUGUCAGAUUUUCAUGGUAAGGUCUAUUGUGAAUCAUUAGACUGGUCACGCAUUAUGUCGAGUGCGGAUCGGAUUGACUUUGAAAUGGAAGUUGAAGUCGAGAGUGCAUCAUCAGGGCCCGCGGCGGAGCCCCCUAAUCCGACGUCGCCGUCAGCACCCAUUCCAGCUGCAGACAACAAGAGCGUGGUAGUUACUACCGCGACGUCUGGUUCUGUUACCGUAUCCCUACAUCCGUUAGUCAUUAUGAAUGUUUCCGAACAUUGGACUCGACUUCGAGCACAAGAGGGCUCACCACAGACCGUAAUUGGAGCUCUCAUCGGGAAGCAAAAAGGUCGUAACAUUGAAGUGAUGAAUUCUUUUGAACUAGUGUUCAGUGUGAUUGAGAAUGACAUUAUUAUAGAGAGAGAUUAUUAUAAUUUAAAAGAAGAACAAUUUAAACAAGUGUUCUCUGACAUGGACUUCCUGGGCUGGUACACCACAGGAGACACUCCCACAGAGCGGGACAUCGCUGUGCAUAGGCAAAUCUGUGACAUCAAUGAGUGUCCUGUUAUGCUAAUGUUAAACCCAGCAGGACGAAAUGGUGAUCAACUUCCUGUAGUAUUGUAUGAGUCUGUGAUUGAUGUCGUACAAGGCAGGGCUACAAUGCUCUUAGCCCCGCUCACUUACACAUUAGCAGCAGAGGAGGCAGAGAGGAUUGGUGUGGACCAUGUGGCAAGGGUGUCUUCAGGAGAAGCAGCUCUGAAUAGUUUAGUUGCCGAGCACCUAACCGCGCAGCGGUCAGCUAUAAAGAUGUUGGUGUCCCGGGUGCGCGCGGUGCUGGCCACGGUGCGCGCCAUCCGCGACGGCGCGCUGCCGCCGCGGCCGGGCUUGCUGCGCGAGGCGCGCGCGCUCGCCAACCGACUGCCCCUCCUAACCUCGCAGCAGUUUCGAACGCACUUCUAUCAUCAAUGUAACGACGUGGCGCUCAUGACAUACCUCGGCACCAUCACGAAGGGGUGCAACGCUAUCAACCAAUUAGUAAAUCGAUUUAAUGUACUUUAUGACAGACAAGGAAUGGGUCGUCGUAUGAGAGGACUCUUUUUUUAAACAAAAUGUCAUAUCCAUGCAAUGAGAACAACAGUAAGUGGUGCACAUAAAUGUCCAAACGGACCAACUAGCGACUGAAAUGUCAGUGACAGUAUGAAGAUUUUUGUAUGUUUUAUACAUAUAUGCACAUGCGAUAUUAUUUUAAUUGCUAUAAUGCUCGUGCCAGGCCGUCAGUGGUGUCAGUACCCGUACUGUAAAUUUCAUUCGAUAGGGCGACAUGACGUACGCGAUUGCGUUAAGUGUCAUUUUGUAUGGGAUUUUAAGUUUCCGAAACGUCCCGCUUGGCGCGCUUUCAAAAUACCAUACAAAAAUAGACAACGCUAUCAUCGCGCUAUCGAAUAAAAUGUACACUAGGGGUUCCGAUUACAAGAAAUAUCCAAAAUACAUAUUAGUGAACAGGUUUAGUGAAAUUAACUUAAGCUUAUAAUAAUUACUAUGUAUCGAUAAUAAUUUUGUCAUAUUUUAAUAAGAUAAAAAUUAUUUAAAUUA